CAAUAAGACAAAGAAGGAAAGUAUUUCAGCGCUUGCUGUUUUGUAAUAGUGGCUUCGAUUAGGAGAAAAUAAGUGGGAAACAGGAGUAGCUCGGACAGGGGGCUUGGACGGGCAGCGCAUUGCCCAAAAGCGGCCCCCACUACACGCGCGCGAUCACACACACACACACACACACACACACACACACACACACACACUGUCCGCUCGAGUUUGGCUCCUGGACCCAAGGAGGGAGGGAGCGGGAGGAGGUGGUGGCGGUAGGGUCGGGGUCUGGGCGCCACCGAGCGCCCGCCCCACCUCUGGAAACCGCGCAGUGGGCGGUGCGUCCCGGGCCCCGGCGGCCCAGCCCUGGCGCUCUGGCCAAGUUUGCGCGCGGUCUCCGCUGACUCUCGGGUUACCUGAGCCGGCAACCACGUCACCGCCACAUCAUCUGGGCUUUUUAUAUUGCAAGGAAACAGGAAAAGAAGGAAGAAAAACAUCUCCCGAGAAAGCCAAUCGCAGUGAGACGGCGCUGCCCGGAGGAGCCGGGCCGGCAGGCGCGCGGGGGAGCGGGCGGCGGGCGGGAGCCAGGCCCGGGCGGGGCGGGGGCGGGGGCGGCGGGGCCGGAGGGGGCGGUGGGCCGCGCUCCGGCCGGUCUGCGGCGUUGGCCUUGGCUUUGGCGGCGGCGGCGGCGGCGGUGGAGAAGAUGCUGCAGUCCCUGGCGGGCAGCUCGUGCGUGCGCCUGGUGGAGCGGCACCGCUCGGCCUGGUGCUUCGGCUUCCUGGUGCUCGGCUACCUGCUGUACCUGGUCUUCGGCGCCGUGGUCUUCUCCUCGGUGGAGCUGCCGUACGAGGACCUGCUGCGCCAGGAGCUGCGCAAGCUGAAACGGCGCUUCUUGGAGGAGCACGAGUGCCUGUCGGAGCAGCAGCUCGAGCAGUUCCUGGGCCGGGUGCUGGAGGCCAGCAACUACGGCGUGUCGGUGCUCAGCAAUGCCUCGGGCAACUGGAACUGGGACUUCACCUCCGCGCUCUUCUUCGCCAGCACCGUGCUCUCCACCACAGGUUAUGGCCACACUGUGCCCUUGUCAGAUGGGGGUAAGGCCUUCUGCAUCAUCUACUCCGUCAUCGGCAUUCCCUUCACCCUCCUGUUCCUGACGGCUGUGGUCCAGCGCAUCACCGUGCACGUCACUCGCAGGCCAGUCCUCUACUUCCACAUCCGCUGGGGCUUCUCCAAGCAGGUGGUGGCCAUCGUCCACGCCGUGCUCCUUGGGUUUGUCACUGUGUCCUGCUUCUUCUUCAUCCCGGCUGCUGUCUUCUCAGUCCUGGAGGAUGACUGGAACUUCCUGGAAUCCUUUUAUUUUUGUUUUAUUUCCCUGAGCACCAUUGGCCUGGGGGAUUAUGUGCCUGGGGAAGGCUACAAUCAAAAAUUCAGAGAGCUCUACAAGAUUGGGAUCACGUGUUACCUGCUACUUGGCCUUAUUGCCAUGUUGGUAGUUCUGGAAACCUUCUGUGAACUCCAUGAGCUGAAAAAAUUCAGAAAAAUGUUCUAUGUGAAGAAGGACAAGGACGAGGAUCAAGUGCACAUCAUAGAGCAUGACCAGCUAUCCUUCUCCUCGAUCACAGACCAGGCAGCUGGCAUGAAAGAGGACCAGAAGCAAAAUGAGCCUUUUGUGGCCACUCAGUCAUCUGCCUGCGUGGAUGGCCCUGCAAACCAUUGAGCGUAGAAUUUGUUUGCAUUAUCCUAGGGCACCAGGGUCAGGGUGCAAGGAAGAGGCUUAAGUAUGUUCAUUUUUAUCAGAAUGCAAAAGCAAAAAUGAUGUCACUUUAAGAAAUAGCUACUGUUUGAAGUGUCUUAUUUAAAAAAAAAAUGGAACAAAGAAUCUGUGACCCUGGCAGGAUGUCUAAUAUGUGAGGAAAUGGGAUGUGCACUUAAAAUUCACAUGUGACAAAAUUAUCUAGACCUUACAUAGGAGGAGAAUACUUGAAGCAGUAUGCUGCUGUGGUUAGAAGCAGAUUUUAUACUUUUACCUGGAAACUUUGGGGUUUGCAUUUAAAUCAUUUAUCUGAUGGCUAAAUAGCAAAAUUUAUAUUUAGAAGCAAAAAAAAAAAAAAUCCUAGAGAUGUGUUUUAUAAAUAGGUUUAUGUGUACUGGUUUGCAUGUACCCAUCCAAAAUGAUUAUUUUUGUAGAAUCUAAGUUAAACUUACUAUUUAUAAUGCAUAGGUAACCAUUAACUAUGUACAUAUAAAGUAUACAUAUGUUUAUAUUCUGUAUAUAUGGUUUAGGCCACCAGAUCCCAGUGUACUUCUCAAACCAAGACUACAGAUAUUUUGUUUCUUUUGAUUUCUCUUUAUACUAAAGAAUCCAGAGUUGCUACAAUAAAAUAAGGGGAAUAAUAAACUCGAGAGUGAAUAACCAUAGUAUUCUGCCACAAUAAAUGUUUCUACCCUCUUGCAAUAGGAUGGUGUCAGAUGUCUAACAUGUUUAUAAACAGUUUUUUUGAAUUGAACAAGUUAUGAAUAGGAUUUAUUAAAAGGUUAAGAUACUUUGUUUUGAAAGUACAUUGUGAUUUGCAGCCACCUAGCACUAAAGCACAGAACUUAAACACAAAUCCCUAAAUGAACAGAUUACGUUACAUUAAUCAGAGAAUUUUAAGUUCAGAAGCUAAAAUAAAAUACAAAUCACA